AUGCUUAGGAUAAAAUGGGAGCUGCUGCUAAUGGCCAUCAUAUGCUGGCAGAGAGGCCACACAGAUAAUCAUGAGACUAAGAAGAGACUUGGGCAUGUGACUGUGGUAGUUGUGGGUGGAACAGGUGACUUGGCCAGGAAGUACCUGUGGCAAGGCUUUUUCCAGCUCUAUGCUGACCAGGUAGGCAAAGGACACACCUUCUCAUUUUACGGUGGGGGCCUUUCGCCAACCGAGAAGGGGACACCACUGCUGUUUGGGAUCUUGAAGGAGUUGGCUUGUCCUCUUGAGCUCACGGCAGAGCGCUGUACUUUGGUCAAAGACCAGUUCCUGCAUCUUUCCAAAUAUCACCAGCUGAAGACUACUGAGGACUAUGAGAAGCUCAGCCAGCAGAUCAAGCAGCAGCUAGAACAGGAGGAUAUGGUUGAAGAAGGGAGGCUCUUCUACCUGUCUGUUCCAGCUUUCACGUAUGCAGACAUUGCAGAGAAGAUUAACAACACCUGCCAUCCCCCAUCUGACGCAUGGCUCAGGGUGGUACUGGAGAAGCCCUUUGGUCACGACCUUUACAGUGCUCAGGCCCUUGACAAAAAACUGUCAGGCCAGCUGAAAGAAAAUGAGAUGUACAGGAUUGACCACUAUUUAGGGAAGCAGGUUGUCUCUAAAAUACUGCCAUUUAGGAAAGAGAAUAAGAAACUUCUGGACCCUAUCUGGAACAAGCACCAUAUCCAACAAAUAGAAAUUGUAUUGAAGGAAACCCUGGAUGCCAAAGGCCGGAUUCAGUUUUAUGAUCAAUACGGCGUCAUCAGAGACGUGCUCCAAAACCACCUCACAGAGGUCAUGACCCUUAUGUUGAUGAACCUUCCUGCAAACCUGUCCAACAGCAUGGAGAUACUACAAAACAAGCUUAAUUUCUUGGCUUCCCUUCAACAUGUAGAUAACAGUAAUGCGGUUGUAGGUCAGUACCAAGCUUACAAUGGAGAGGUUCAGGAAGAGCUAAAUAAAACUAAGGACUACUUCAGCUUAACCCCCACAUUUGCUGGUGUGGUCAUUAAUGUCAACAAUGCUCAAUAUGAGGGUAUCCCCAUAUUUAUGACCUCAGGCAAGGCACUUGAUGAACGGGUUUCUUAUGCUCGUGUGCUUUUCAAAAAUGAUGUAUUUUGCAUCCAGGAUCCCAACAAUGUUCAGUGCAAAUCCAAACAGAUCAUAUUUUAUCUGGGUCACGGAAACCUGCAGUACCCUGCGAUUCUUGUCAGCAAGAACCUGUUCAAGCCCGAACUGGUAAGCAGCGGUGACUGGAAGGAGGUCACAGAAUACAAAGAUGUGAAUGUCCUGGGGUUACCACUUAGUGACUAUUACAUCCAGUCACCGGUCACACCCAGAGAGGCUUAUUGUGAGCUGAUCUCACAUGUCUUCUUGGGACGCAAGGACAGCUUUAUUAGUGCAGAGGGACUCCAUGCUUCUUGGGCAUUUUGGACUCCCCUCCUCGAAGGUCUGAGUCGGGUCUUUCCACGGGUGUAUCCAGGUGGUGAAGCUAAUGGAAACCUGUUGAACUUUCAGCUGCAGGGCCAUCAGGUUGCUUUUAGCCAUGAAGCCGUGGUCAACAUUAUCAACCCCAGUGCCGAAGACAACUUCCAGGUGAUGCAAGGGAAGUACCGUAGUUCUGAAAUGGUAUCUGCCUGGGCACAGGAACUGGUGGAGCGCUUGGCUUCUGAUCUUCUCCUGGCUGCAGAGGAGGCCAUUAAUGAAGAAGGUCAGUUUCACCUGGCGUUUUCUGGUGGUUCCAGCCCAGUGGCACUGCUUCAUGCACUGGCCCUGAACCUCUACACCUUUCCGUGGCACAACACUCACAUAUGGCAAGUGGACGAGCGUUGUGUGCCACAUACAGAAACAGGCUCCAACUUUCGGUCCAUUCACGAUCUCCUGCUUCAGCAUAUCCACAUACCCUACUUCAACAUCCACCCCAUGCCUGUGCAUCUCACCCAACGGUUAUGUGUAGAAGAGGAUGGUGGACCGGCAUUAUAUGAGAAGGAAAUCAAUAAACAUGUCAACGGCUCCAGUUUCCACUACAUCCUGCUCGGCGUAGGCCAAGACGGCCACACUGCCUCAUUAUUCCAGGACACCAAAUUGGAAAAUGAUGAGGAACGGUUGGUUAUUUUGACAGAAAGCCCCAUUAAACCACAUCAGAGGAUGAGUCUCACAUUCACAGCUAUCAAUAGGGCUCGAAGGGUAGGUGUUUUAAUUAUGGGCAAGAGCAAGCACGAACUUGUCAGUCAACUCAGCCGAAUUAAGGGCGAAUCAUCCAAGUAUCCCAUUACCAAAGUACAGCCGAAAACCGGUACUCUUAUAUGGUACAUCGACUAUGAUGCAUUGUUAGGAUAAAUGGUCUAAAGACCAGUACAAACUGGUCAGUGAAGCCACCCGCCAGGGCUUAUAGCUCAAAUUGAAUGCUGUAUUGUGAAUGAUUGAAGAGUAUAAAUUGAAGUGUAAUUUUCACACCAACCGAGGU